ACCCAGAGGAAGCUCUGUGCCCGGAGGGGACCCGCCGCCAUCUCAGGUCUCAGCCUCGCGGGGCCCACCACAGAGAGCUGACGCCCUGUCCUAAGAAUCCUUAUGGGUGACCAACCUUGUUUCUCCGGGAGAUCCACGCUCCCACCUGGAAACACGCGGGAAACCAGGCCUCCAAAAAAGCGCUGCCUCCUAGCUCCACGGUGGGAUUAUCCAGAGGGAACCCCCAACGGAGGUAGUACCACUCUUCACUCUGCACCUUCUCCUGCAUCACCCGGCCUGAAGUCGCACCCUCCUCCUCCGGAGAAGUAGUAGAAUAUACUUCUCCCACCCAAACCAGUCUCUGAGGGAUUGCAGAAUGACUCCAUUUCCUUGGUGCCUUCAUAAAAUGGUUCACCCUGUGAAGAUGUUGAAGACUAUUGACAAUGCUGCCCUGAUUUUUCUGAUGUCCUGCACCAGGUAAUUGUGUUUUUUAAGGUACUUUCUUUACCAAAAACUUAUUAAGGGAGGAAGAGGAAUAAGAGUUAUAAAAAUAAAUAGCCAAACAAAAAACAAAGCUAGCACAAAAUGGUAAAAUUGAAACUAUUUUCUACAUUUUAUAAAACCAUACAUACCAUAUAAUAAUAAUGUAAUUUAUAAGCUGCUUCGUUAAAUUCACUCCUAAUUUACCUUACAGUUUUUGUUGUUAGUGUGAAAUGUAUUUAAAUUUUUUUUAUGUUUAUUUAUUUUUGAGAGAGAGAGACACAGAGUAUGAGUGGGAGCAGGGUCAAAGAGAGCAGGAGACAGAAUCUGAAGCAGGCUUCAAGCUCUGAGCUGUCAGCACAGAGCCCGUUGUGGAGCUUGAACUCAGGACUGGUGAGAUCAGAUCUGAGCUGAGGUCGGAUGCUUAACUGACUGAGCCACCCAGGCAUCCCUGAAAUGUAUUUUUAAAACCAGAUUUUCUGAUUUUUGCUGGUAAAUGGGAACAUGAUUGAUAUUUUUACAUAUUGAUUUUAUAUGCUACAGAUUCUCUGAGUUUUGUUCUGAUAAUUUAUAGAUUCUCUUGGAUUGUCUAUUAGCUAUGUUGUGAAUAAUGGCAGUUUCUUUCUUUCAAUAUUUGUUUUUUAGCUUGUCUUACUGUGCUGGUUAGGACUUUCAGUACAAUGAGAAAUAGUAGCAAUAAAAGAUGUUCUUACCUUGCUUUUGAAUUUACAGGGGAAUUCUAUAAAUGUUUCACCAUUUUUAGUAGAUUUGCUUCUUCAGGAUAAGGCAGUUUGUUUCUAUUCUUAGUGUGCUGAGAGCUUUAAUUCUGAAUGAAUAUGGAGUUUUUUCUCCAUUAUUAUGACAGUGUGACCAUGUGACAAAUUACAAUAAUUAGUUUUCUAAUCUGUUUCCUGCUUUUGGUUUCAUCAGGCCUCACCAUUGAAAUACUUUGUUUCCUACUUUAAUAAUUUUUGCUUUUAUCUUUAAUAUUACCUUUACUUUUUACUUGCUAAUUUUCUAACUUAUUUAUUUGGACCUUUACCCAGUAAUUUUCAAUCUUCUUUUCUAAAAUAAGAAUUUAUGAUUAUAAAUCUUCCAUUCUGUACAACUUCAGAAUUUCACAGAUUUAUAUAUGUAUUUUAUUAUCAUUCAAUUAUAAUUUCCCUUAUUUCUUUUUUGACUCAUGAGUUGUUUAAUUUACAAACAUGAGUCUAUUUUUUAAAAAUCAUAUUGUGAAAUCAUUAGUCCAAUUACAGUUAACUUCAUCUGAUUUUCUUCUUUAAAGUUUUUUUUUUAUCUUUCUUAUAAGAAAAAGCAAAAUUAUAUACCAGCUUCUCAUUUCAACACAUUUGGCCAUAUAAAACUUUUUCUUUCAUUACAUACAUAGAAAUGCAUGUGCAUGCUAUUCAAUGAUGGAGUUAUUCCUGAUAC